ACCAGUUUCAACUUGGCUCCCAUUAUUGAUGAUCAAACCCGCCCGAUAUACAGCUUCUGCUCCAAUGUAUAAAGGUCAACAUGGUGACACCCAAGUCGAACCGUCGUCGAACGUUGCAGAACUAUGGAAACAGCAACAGACGGACGUAUAAACUCUGCUGGCAGAAACGAUAGAACCGCCACGGAUAAGUCGGAAAAGUACUCAAAAAUCAAAAGUAAAAUAGAUGGGUUCGCAGAGUCCUGCCAGGUACUUCUCAAGGUGCUAGAGGAAGUUCGGGAUAUUCAUCCUUUCCUCGGUGCUGCGGUGGUAGCGUUCAAGGCAGUGGUCACUUUAGAGCUGAAGCGACGCGAGAACAACGACAAGGUUAUACUUUUGUUGGUCAAAGUACAAGACUUGAUGGAGUCUCUUGUCCAACUUCGAGCGAUACCUUCUGGUCAAAAAACGGCAGAUCAGCAGCUUACAGUGGAGGAUAAACUUGCGUCGUUAUGUGCAAGGAUUGAAAGGGACAUUCAAGAAUGUGGGAACCUCUGUGACACUUUCUCGAAGAAACGGUUCUUGGUCAAAUUGCUCAAGGGGCCCAUCUACGAGAUACGAUUAGCAGAAAUGGGACAGACGCUCGAGGAACGACGGAGAGAACUAGAGCAUGCACUUCUUCUCUUCACGGCGCGUGGCAUCCAAUCCACAAACAAUACUCUCAAUACAGCCCACAAUGACAUCAACAUGCUACUUUUGCUUCAGAUGCUACAGUCUUCGGCAGAGAGAGAGUUCAUGGACAUCGUCAACUUGAAGGGUGGGCCGUCCAAAUGCAUGCAGGAUGAGAAUAUACUCGUGGAACUGAUUCAAAUCCGACGAGGUUAUGACACUUUGCAAGAGCCUAGGCAAGGACUCCGCACUGAGAGUUCUGCUCGUGGACCAGGACCUAUACGCACCACCCUUUCCCAGUAUGAGCAAUAUGAGCCAUCCCCCUAUCAUUCACACUCUACAUCCAACCGUCAUGGAAUGUUCGGCUCUAGACACACGUCGAGGCGUAACACUCUUGAGGACGCUGCCGAGUAUUUCUCCGAUCCUUCGAGGUCUUUCCAGCAACCGCAUACUUCCGGAGCCAAGCCUCCAGGUUCUGCAGCCUCUUGGUCUCACUCUUACUACCGGCAGAAAGCUGGAUUCGCCUACAACUCCCAUCGUAAAAAUCCCACCCAUAUUGAAAUCAAGCAACUCAAGGAGGAACUAGCCAAGGAUGUUGACGCGGAAGUGAAACAAAACCAAGCCACAUUUUUGCGGAAACUCCAAGAGCAACAACGGCAACUACUCGUGAUUGAGCGGACUGUUGUCAAGCAAGGAGAUAGGGUGGUGCGAGAGGUACACCGCGGCCCACACGACAGAAUUCACGAUGAGGAGUUACGGAGCAUUUGGAAGGAGAUGGGAUGGAAACUGGUGGUGCCCGCGGUUGAAUUUGUUCGAACGCUCCAUGAUUAUUUCAUAUCACAACACCAAGAUAUGCAGAUAUUGGACGACCACUUUAACCGUCCUCCCGAACCGGGCUCAACGGCUGAAAUUGAGAUGGCUGCAUUAUCAAGAGCAUUGACCGCUGCCAAACAACGUUCGGAGGAGAAAUGGGCUUUGAAAUGUCUGCAUUACACGAAAUUACAACCCCUCACUGAGGCAUUUGAUGCAGACUCCAGUGCGUUCGUCAGCGUAUGGGAGGCCAAUCAAAUGUUGUCUUUGCGUCCAAAUGGAUGGAGCCUUCUUCAAUGGUUAGCGUAUUGGGCCUCAGGAAGACACUUCGCGAUAACUCAAUAUUCCAACAAGAUUAACGAGAUCCUGCAGAAUAUGCACCUGUUACUUCGACAUAAAGUUCGUCCUGUAAAUUAUCAUACAGUCAAUCGCUACCUGGACGGGAUGAAGAUUCUGGAUCGAGUGCUUGCAACCACAAUUCCAUGCGACGUUGCUCCUGCAGGCGAAUUGGCCGACAGGGUAUCUCGUUACACUCAAAACGAGGAGGAAAGGAUGGAGUACAUUCUACAGGCCCUCAACUAUGAAAUAGACGGCUCUGAUACUAUUGAGCUUAUAACCAGUGGCUACCAGAUAGAGAGGAACUUUUCCCCUCUCAUUUAUCUCCUUCUGAGGCGCCAUUUAUGGGUGAUACGUCUGGCAUGCGAUGUCACCCUUGAUGUUCGAGAGAUGGAUACCGCUACCCAGACCCUCAAAACGAUCUUCAAAGCUGUCAAGGACCGGGUGUCAACGCUAGAGGCCAUGUCUCAGCUCAGUGAUCAGACCUUUUCUCGCUUCCUGCAAAACUUUGCCUUCGGAAUGUACUAUGGGGUGCAUGCAAAAAUUGACAUCUCAUAUCCCUUACUGGAGGAGGAUGGAGAUGAGGAGGCGGAUGGUAUAACACCCGUACCUGGCUCCUGGCUCACGCAUAGGCUGCCCGAGACGGACGAAACCGCGCCCCACCAAUUUUACUCGCCUGAAGACCCAAUCCAGUUUGAAUCGUGCGUUGGAGAGUAUGUGAAUGGGUACUGGAGCGGAUAUCUCACCAGUAGCUACAGCAAAAUUCGGAAUAGAUUGAUUCAAUUCCGAAUAUCAAGCUGGAAGGGGCUCAACUUCGAGGGUGAUGGGAACUAUUCAGAAGGAAUCAUCCGUAUAAAGGGUUGUUACGACUCGAACACCAACGUUUUGAAAGCGACUAUUGUUGGGAGUGCCGAUAGUAGAUCCGACUCGGGAGAUUCAGACUUGAAGGUUUUCAUCUUGGGAUGGGUGGAUACGAUAUCGUGCGGCCAUUUUGGCAAACAAUAUCAAAUCUCCGGUGCAUGGAUGACAUCAAAGGAGGGUUCCACCGAUUCGGAGGGUUCCAUAACACUGAGUCAAACGCCCGCCUGGACAUAUCAAUUUCGACAAGGGUAUUCCGCCGGACGAAAAGCAAGCGAAAGAUGGAGAUUCGCCUUGCAAGCCGUCCUAUACAGAGUACGAAGCGAGUGUGGAGUUCUCAACAGAGCCUUUUGCGUUGAGAAGUUGAAGACAAUCCGGCGAUCAGUUUAUUUCCUCAAGCAACGGCUAUUAAUCGGUGCUGUUGUAGAUAGAGAAGAUGAGAUCACCUUGAGCAGGUUGGCGCCCUCAGACUCGAGGUUGUGUCGCUGGCUAGCUAGGUUUUCUCUCUGGCCCACCUUUCAUUUCAACGCGAAGUGCGACUGCGGAAAACCUAUCUUCGGUAGCCGGUUGCUACAAAUGAGGGUUUAUCACGGGUCUGUUGGUCUAGGGGAACUCUGCCAGCAUCGCGGACUACACCCUCUUGUUACAGCCCAGGAAGCACGAAUCAAAACCGUUCAAUUUAUCCAUAAAAGAGACAAACUCGAACUCUCGGACGCAGCAGAGUCACUUACAGAACUGCUUUUUACUCUUUCGGAAAGAGCUGCUUCUCCUGAGAUACCACUGCCAAAUGUUUUCUCCAAUGUCCGCCAGUCACCAAUCUCGUCCCGCCACCGGCAAGGUAGCUUUGGUAAUCCUCAAAUUAACGGUAGAGCAUCUGCGUCCGCUUUAUCCUGUGUUUGCUGUGGAAUCAGUUUGCCUGAUGAGAAAAGGCGUGCUGUUUGGGUUUGUCUGGCUUGUUCGGUGCCGGGGAAUGUGGAACAACUACUCAUCAUGUGCGGCCGAUGUGAAUUUUUGAACCGGCGUUGUAUGGACGUUAGGUUCCCGACACAUUCUCCCUACCACUCUCUCCUUCAUCUAAAACCAUGGUUUUACCAACCUAGGCUUGAGCAUGAAGGAGGCGGCACGAUACCACACAAAAUUUGAUCCUCGUCCCCACAACCAACAUAUAGGAUGAAGAGUCAUACAUUAUCUUUUUUCGAAAAUGACAACCUCUUUACAUAAUUAUAAGUCGCACUCGGGACGAGAAAGAAGGCUGACGGUUCCUCCGGAUGUUUGACCUCGUCAGCCGCUUCAGCCUCCCCAACCCAAUGCCACACUCAACAUUGUACCCCCACAAAUUGAUAGGUAAGAGUUCGUGGUGUGGUCGGGCUAUCAUCACUGCAAAUUGAAUCUCGGUAUUAGCGGCUGGGGUGCAAGUUGUUCAGAAAACACUACUGACGCUUGAUACGUUACUGUGCAGGUAGAG